GGAAGCACGUGAUGAAAAAAUUAGCGAAGCGCAAGCAUUGAAACGCCUUUUCAGGAUCCUUCCAAUGUUGGACUUUGUCCGUGUCUCGAGAACUUUUGCGUUUCUUCUUCGUGCUAACUGAGCAUCGUGAGUGUGAAAAUGACUUCGUCAGAACUCGCACUGUUGAGCGUGUCGGAUAAAGGCGGACUGCUGGAGUUUGCCAAAAGGCUGGUGGACGUUGGUUUGGCUCUGGUAGCAUCAGGUGGGACAGCCAAAGCCCUGCGGGAUGCCGGACUGACUGUCAGGGAUGUUUCGGAACUCACCGGACACCCAGAGAUGCUGGGGGGCCGCGUCAAGACCCUCCAUCCCGCCGUCCACGGCGGUAUCCUGGCCAGGAAAACGGCCGGUGACGCUGCAGACAUGGAUAAACUCGGCUACAGCCUGGUCAGGGUGGUGGUGUGCAACCUGUACCCGUUUGUCAAAACUGUCUCCGACCCGGACGUUCAAGUGGAAGACGCCGUGGAGCAGAUUGACAUCGGCGGCGUAACGUUGCUGAGGGCGGCGGCCAAGAAUCACGCACGGGUCACAAUUGUGUGCGACCCCGCUGAUUAUUCACUGGUUGCCACGGAGAUGGAGAGCGCAGAAGACAAGGACACAACAUUGGACACACGGAGGACUCUGGCUCUCAAAGCUUUCACUCACACGGCCCGGUACGACGACGCCAUAGCCGAUUACUUCCGCGGGCAGUACAGCCGCGGCGUUUCGCAGCUGCCGCUGCGCUACGGCAUGAACCCGCACCAAGCGCCCGCCCAGCUGUACACGCUGCGCUCGGCCCUCCCCCUCAAAGUGGUCAACGGCUCUCCCGGCUUCAUCAACUUGUGCGACGCCCUGAACGCGUGGCAGCUCGUCCGGGAACUGAGGAGCGGCCUCGGCGUGGCCGCCGCCGCGUCCUUCAAGCACGUCAGCCCUGCCGGAGCUGCAAUCGGCGUUCCUCUGACUGAAGAGGAGGCAAAGGUGUGCAUGGUCCAUGACAUGUUGGAGGGUCUCACCCCGCUGGCCACCGCCUACGCCAGGGCGAGAGGUUCAGACCGGAUGUCUUCUUUUGGCGACUUCAUUGCCGUGUCCGACGUGUGUGAUGUUCCCACUGCCAAGAUUAUAUCAAGAGAGGUGUCUGACGGGAUAAUCGCACCAGGUUACGACGACGAGGCACUCAGGAUCCUGUCGAAAAAGAAAAACGGGAAUUACUGCGUGCUUCAGAUGGAUCCCGACUACGAGCCCGACGACACCGAGGUGCGAGUGUUGUUUGGCCUCUACCUCAAACAAAAAAGGAACGGUGCGCUUAUCGAUCGGGAGUUCUUCAGCAACGUGGUGUCCAAGGGCUCGCUGUCCGAGGCGGCCGUCCGUGACCUCACCGUGGCCACCGUCGCCGUCAAGUACACUCAGUCCAACUCGGUGUGCUACGCCAAAAACGGACAGGUGAUCGGGAUCGGCGCGGGACAGCAGUCUCGGAUCCACUGCACCAGACUGGCGGGUGACAAAGCUGACAACUGGUGGCUCAGACACCACCCUCGUGUGCUGGCCAUGAAGUUCCGCGGUGGCGUCAAGCGAGCGGAGAUGGCCAACGCCAUUGACCAGUAUGUCAGCGACACCGUCGGAGAGGGCCCCGAUUUGGCCGUGUGGAAAUCGAUGUACGAGGAGGUUCCUGAGCUGCUCUCAGCGAGCGAAAAGAAGAACUGGAUCAGCUCCCUGCAGGCGGUGGCCGUCAGCUCCGACGCCUUCUUCCCCUUCCGAGAUAACAUCGAUCGAGCCAAACGGAGCGGCGUGGGGUACAUCGCGGCUCCGUCGGGGUCCGCCGCUGACCGGGUUGUGAUCGACGCCUGCGACGAGCUGGGCAUUACCCUGGUGCACACCGACCGGCGACUCUUCCACCACUGAGUGCACUCAAGAAGCACAUUUUGUCUGGCACUGAAAAUAUCGGAAACGUUCCUCCGCUUGCUAUUUUCAACACUUGAAAUUCAUUCCUGACUUGUGAAACUGAGACGUCGUUGCCAAUGUAGGUCAGUCAUGAUUCAUUAUGAUCAUGUAAUAAACGUUUGGUCAUCAAAGCA